AUUUGCGCUGAAUGUUCUGUGACCCUUGGUCUUUGAUCAUAGACUACCUAAUCAUUUGUGUUCUGUGAUUGGGAGUGUAAAUUUUGAAAUAAUUUUUGAGGUUAUAGCAAAUAGACAAGUUCUCUGUUAAAAGUUUUGAAAUGGCCGAGGAAGAACUUCUCGAUAAAAUUUUGUUUGGCGGUUCCACAUCAUUCUUGAAGAGUUUGGAGGAAGCUGAAGAACAUGUUGAUUCACACAAAGAUUCAGGAAUUGGUGAGACCGAUAGUGAAACAAAUUGUGUACAAGCAUGGACAGAUGAAGAUAGUGAAAUAACUGUUGGACGAGCUUUAAAUGCUCAAAAAAGGAAAUUACCAGAAGGUGGAAUCAAUGACAGAUCUAAUAAGUAUAUGAAAUUACUUCAACAUAAAUUCGAGUCAAUACAUUCACGUCCUAAAUGGGCGAGGUUAAACAAACCGGAAGAGGAUUCCGAUGAAGAUGAUGAAAUUUUACAAACUUGUGGUUUUACUAAAAAGCAACGGUCUCUCCAUUUGCCUCCAUCUGUUCUGGAAUAUAAAGAAAUAAGACAUUUAAAUUGUGAAACGUACAAUGAAGGUCCUUACAUCAACUCAAUUGAAUUUUUACAUGAAUCAACUGUAGCACUCGUUGCAGGGCAGAGUGGAAUUGCUACACUUUAUGCAGUCAGUGGAAAGAAGAAUAUUAAGUUGCACAGUAUAAAUUUUCAAAAUUUUCCUAUAUUUUGUGCUAAGAUAGUUGAGAAUAAGCAUGAAGUGAUUUUUGGAUCUAGGCAUCCAUACAUUCAUUGUUUUGAUCUCAUGGCUGCAAAAUCCACAAAAUUUCGUUUACCUCCUGGAUUAACAACAUGUAAAAAGUUCACCAUUUCAUCAGAUCAAAGUUUGUUAGCUGUAGCAGGCAAAUGGGGAGAAAUCCACUUGUUGUCAACAAAAACUAAAGAAAAAGUUGGUAUUUUAAAACAGAACGAUGAUGUCACAGCCCUCUCAUUUGGUUUUGAAAAUGAUUUACUUUAUGCCCACAGUACUUCUGGAGAAAUCACAAUAUUUGAUGUGAAUAUGAGAAAAGUAAAACAUAAAUUUAUUGAUGAAGGAUGUUUACAAGGUACAACAUUAGCUGUUUCACCUUCAAAUAGGUUUUUAGCUGCAGGAUCAGCUCAAGGAGUAGUCAAUCUAUAUGACACCCAUUGUAUAUAUCAAAAUGAAACCCCAAAACCGGAGAAAGCUGUAAUGAACUUGACAACAAAAAUUUCUUCACUGGCCUUUAACUCCACCUCUGAAAUUUUAGGGUAUGCAUCAGUUGACAUUCCUAAUUCUGUUAAGUUAUACCAUAUAGGCUCAUGUAAUACAUUCAAAAAUUUUCCAUCCUUUCAAACUAAAUUUGGAAACGUCAAUGUUCUCAAUUUUUCACCUAAUAGUGGUUAUUUCGCUCUGGGAAAUAACAAAUCUACUGUAUCACUCUGUAGGCUAAACCAUUAUAAAAAUUAUUAAA